AUGGCGCACGACCCUCAUCAUGCCAUCGCUCCGGGGGAGCACGACAAGUUCAUGCUCUACGCCCUCGGUAAAGCCGCUCUUUCACCCCCGGCGGCCACCAAGUUCUGCGUCGGGGCUUGUCUUGUGAACGGUGACACCGGCGAGAUCCUGUCCACAGGCCACUCCCAGGAGCUUCCUGGCGACCGACCUGGCGACCCUGGGAACACACACGCCGAGCACUGCUGCUUCAUCAAGAUCUCGGACCAGCACGGCAUCUCCGAGGCCCGCAUCGGCGAGGUCCUGCCAAAGAACACGGUUCUGUACACGACCAUGGAGCCCUGCAACAGCAGACUUACGGGCAAUAAAAGCUGUGUUGAUCGCAUAAUCGAGCUCAAGGAUGCAAUCCGGACUGUCUAUGUCGGCGUUGAGGAGCCAGGCACCUUCAUCGCUGGUAAUUCGGGCAGAGGCAGGCUGGAGGCCGCAGGGGUGAGGACGGUUAUUUUGGCCGGGCUGGAGGAUCGAAUCAUGCCCAUCACUAUGGCUGGCCAUGGCCAGAAUCGAUCCAGGAUCAUGCGGUGCAUAUUGGUCAAACGAAGAAAGACCAAAUGA